AACGAAUCGCCGUGGUAAUUACACGGCCGCGGCGGCAUUAGAAGGCGCUAAUCACGCCCAGAAUUUAAGAGCACCUUGGCCUCGGCUCACGCAACUACCUACCUGCGUCGUCGUGUUCUUCCCUCCUGUGGCCGCACCGCAGCGGCAGCUCUGAACAGCGACUGACCGAGCGAGCUUUCUCGUGGCCUUGUCUGGUCCGGAGCCGGGGGCGGCGGCUCGCGGGAUCCCAUGAAGCGCACCUCGGGGUGUCAGGGUUUGUCAUCAGAGUUCACCUAACUAUGACGAAUUAGGCAUACAGUACAUGAUGGCGACGGAAGUCAAUCAAACUUAUUUUGCAUGGUCACAAGGAGAGUCAACUGAACGGGAUGGUUCUCAAGGAGUAUCUGUAUCCCAGACACUUGAUCAUGGUUCCAUAUCCUUUGGAAGAUUUGAGCUGGAAUCACUAUCAUGGGAGAAGUGGUCAGUAUUUACUAAUGACAGACGCAAUGAAGAAUUUGGAAAAUUCAACGGUUUAGUCGCUCAGAAGAAGGCUUAUUUUGAAGAGUAUUACAAGAGGAUCAGGGAACUAAAGGCUUCACAGCAGCAAAACCAGCAAACCGAACUCAUUUUGGAAUACAGUGGUGAUGGUAGUGAUUCUAGCCAGACAGCAGAAGAUGAGCGAGUUGCUGAUCUUGAAACUCCCACUGGAUCUGGAACAAUUGUGGAUGAUUAUUUGGAAGAAGCUCCACAUGAAACCACCUUGGAGCAUGGACUGCAGUGCUAUGAUGACCUAGGAAAUGAGAAUUUCAAUACAGAAUUUUCCUCUUCUAAUAUUUCUUCGUCAGCUGGAGUUCUGCAGCAAACCGAUCAGGAUGUUAGAGGAGCUGUUUGUGGUGAUAAUUCUGCCAGCAAAAUGGAUGUGGGGCAGCAAAAUGCCUGUUCUGGUCAUGAUGAUACUAGAACAGCAUAUGAAGCUGCAAGGACUCCUAGAAGAUUUAUUGAGAAAGACACUAGGCUUAGACACACUCCAAAGAUAAUACCGAAAUCCAUUAAAACCCUUUCAAAAAGUGCCAUGGAUUACACAUUUGCUAGUGAGAGGCCUGGUUCAGUGAAGCCCAGUACCAGUAUGAACCCGAAGACUAAGCUGGACACUGUUCGUCCAUUGCAAAGGCCAAAUGCAGCACCCCAGAAGAUGACUGGCCCUGCAGAAAGGAGCAAGGUUACAAGUCUCAGAAGACCUUACUCAGCAGCUGCGCAACGGCCCUCUACUGGAGAGCGGCACCCCAUCACCAAGGGGAAUCCAAAGAAGCCUGCUGAUGUUUCCAACCCGCGACGACCUUCCACUGCUGAAAGACGCCCAUUCACUCGAGAUCGUGCACAGAAGCAAGCCAACAUCACCACACCAAGCCGGCCUUCUACUUCUGAAAAAUGCCCCGUCAAAAGAGAGAGUAAAGCAAAGCAUGCUGAUGUUUCCUCUAUACGUCGGCCCUCUACAGGAGAGCAACGCGCUAUUACCAGGGUUAGUGUUCUGAGAAUGGAUGUGAAGACUCCUAGCAAGGCAAGAGCAACUGUGGCUCAUCCGAAGGGUGAAACAACUACAGUGGGCAAUCUGAAAAAGGUUGUCACUCCAAAAGCUUCUAGAAGUAGCAAGCUGGAGACAAAAAGCAGUAACAACAGACUGAAGGGGCCUUCGGCGUUGGAUAGUCACUCUACUAGGUCAAAAAGAAUGGAAUUGCAAGUGCCUGGCAAACAGAAAUCAAGCUCUGUUAACCUUCCUCCAAGGAAAAUUUUCAGCUCUAGUGUUGGAGAACCAGCAGUAGAAACCUUUGCUAGGCCAAAAAAGAAAGAGGGCAUUCAGGUGACAAUGCAAUCUCGAGCAUCCACAUCAAAGAAAACAACUCCUUUGAAGACUGGGAACGUAAAGGCGAGGGCGCCAAACCCACCACCACCGCCACCUCCACCACGUCAGCCAUCACAAAUGAUGAGCAAACCAAAUGCCAGUAACUCAUCUAUUGGUGGAAGAAAGCUAAAGGCUUUAGCACCACAAUGGCACUGAUGCAGUGGAGACUGGGGAGCCUUCAAUCCAGUAGCGUGCAGAGUAUGAUGCAUCUGAGAAACGUCGUGCCAUUGUCAUUACACGCAUCUGAAAGCAUCUGCCGCGUAAUCCGCUUCCCUUGUAUGAUGUACCUGUAUAUCACUGCCUCCGUUCUCCCUUCUCUUCCUUGCAGAGCAACUCCAAGUGUAGUCUAGUGUAUGUAGUUACGCGUAUCAUAUCCACCAGUGCCUAGUUUCAUCGUCCAAGGAGCUUAGAACAGUGUAAAUACCUGAAAUAAAUUGUGGUUUAGCUAAAGUAAGUUCAGCCCAAAAUCUGUGAACAUUUAUGGUAUGCCACUAGCCAUGAAAUCCCUCAUUUUUUUAAAGCUUA